UGUACUCGUAGUGAUGACCCCUCCAUAUUGUCUCAUCCACAGAGUCAUGUGUACUCGAGUACAAGUACUCGUAACUUACCUAUCAUCACGUUCAGCCUUGUCAGAAUUCUUCUUUUUUCGGGCAAAAUACCGGUAAUGGUAUGUAGAGCGAUUUCAAUCUAUGUUGGAGGCAUAAUUUACAUAUCACUCGAUCUUGGCAAUUAAAGAGGUUCGGGGUUUGGAUCCUUUGGAAAUAUCUAUCAGAGCUCUUAGGCUCUUCCCACCCCCCCAAAUCUUCGUCACUCUCUCCGCAGCCCCGCUCCCUAGAUUCCCCCCUUCUUCGCUUGAGAGAAAUCAUCGUCAAAAAUCCGCCAUGGAAAACACACCUCUUACCCCUUCCUCCUCCGCCCCAACACCCACUGCAACACCUCCAGGAACCGCCUCGAACACAGGUUCCGAGGCAGAGAAUCAAUCAAAAUUAAGGACUCUGCUUGGUAUUUUGCGACGUUUCGUCGGAGUGGCCGACAUUGCCUCUGUCCGCUUUUCACUUCCGAGUCAGUUGCUUGAACCCGUACCCAACUUAGAAUAUUGGAAUUACUUGGAUCGUCCUGAAACUUUUGCUAGCAUUGGCGAAUCCGACGAUGAACUGGAACGUUUCCUGGGAGUUUUAAGGUUUUGGUUUACCAAAGAUCUGAAAUUCGUCAAGGGAAAGCCAUGCAAACCCUAUAAUUCAACAUUAGGGGAAUUUUUCAGAGCACUGCACUUGGGAUGUCCAGGAGACACUACCACCGGGCCUGUUCGUGUCUCGUUUUUGACGGAACAGACUUCCCAUCAUCCACCUGUCUCAGCCUUCUACAUCGACUGCCCGGAAAAGGGUGUAUCAGCGAACGGAUAUGAUCAGAUUAGCGCUAAGUUUACGGGGACUUCCAUUAGGGUAACUCCUGGGGUGCAUAACCUCGGCAUUUUCAUCAACUUGCACAAGCGUGGGGAUGAAUCCUACCGACUCACCCACCCCGCUGUGAACCUUGGAGGAUUCUUGAGAGGGACUCUAAACCUAUAUGUCGAGGACAUCUGCUACGUAACUUGUCCCAAAACACAAUUGAAGGCUAUUCUGCAGUAUUUGGGCGAUUCCUGGAUCGGGAAGGCAAAGUAUAAGGUCGAGGGAGUCGUCUAUCAGUAUACUCACGAGGACGAUGGUAUACAGAAGAUUAAGGAUGUUCCCUCAAAGCUUGUGCGUGCCAAAAUCGAGGGAUCAUGGAUGAGUCAAUUGUAUUACACAGUGCCAGGUUCCAGCGAAAAGCACCUAUUGAUAGACUUGGAUCCUCUUUUUCCUGAACCAAAGACUUGCCCACCACCAAACGCUAUGCUUCCAAACGAGUCUCGGAAGAUGUGGGAAGGCGUCACUGAAGCUAUUCAUGCCAGAGACUACAGCCGCGCCACACAGCUCAAAUCGGAGAUCGAGGAAAGGCAGCGCGAGAAGGCAGCUGCCAGAGCAGCGGAAGGUGUCGAAUGGAAACCAAGGUUCUUCGAGGCCCCAGCCUUAGCCGCUGGGAGACCUAGGUUGAGCGUAGAUGGGGAGAAGGCGUUGAAGGGCUUGCAUACUGACGAUUACAAACUGGAGCCAGCAGCGGUUACCGGAGCCUGAAAUUCCUGGGAUUGGGACCGAGCGAGUAAAGUUUACAUAAAUAUAUGCCUGCUUUCCUGGAACUGUUCACGAUAGCGGCGAAACGAUAGCGACCAAAGCCAGGGAGCGAAACGACACGAGGAUUUUUAGUUUGGUGUGGAAUAUAAACCGGUGUAAGCAAAUCGGGGGGGCUUGAUUGCAGCCUCUACCUAUUCCCCCGUUCAUGUAUGAUUUGCUUGGCGUUUUACACUUUUUUCCUUGCUUUUUUUUUGUUCGAGUCUUUCCUUCUGGUGGGCUGUCCUCGGUCCCCACGUUGUCUAAAUCACUUCUAGAAAUAUCUGAUUUUGGGGUGCGAGUAUGUUGGAACGGAAGGAAUAAAGGGAGAUCCGGUACAUUGGUUUGCUUUAUCAUUACCUAUGACUUUAGAGGAGGAGUAUUGUAGAGGGGGGGAAGAAGGCAGAAAGAAGUCCAGCAGGCGUGCUAAUGGAAAUGGCGCAAUUGUUCAAGUACGAUAGUAGAGAAUUGGGUUCGCCUAUCAAGCUACUCUGGCACCAGUACAAAUAACUUUGUCCAACGAUCGCUAAACGUUUGAUACACACUAUUAAACAAACCCAUAAGGGAACUGGAAACCUGAACUUAUCAUUACAAUACGAUGAAGAGAGAAAAGAAAGGGAAA